CGACCCCGUCAAUUCCACAUUCACAAUGGGUGGUGGUGGAAAGAUCGCGUACCCCAAGGAAGUCUGGUCCCCCGCCGGUGGUUGGUACUCCCGCCCAGCAAACUGGAAGGUCAACACUGCGAUCAUGGGUGCUUUCGUCAUUGGCAUUGCUGGCAUGGCCUUCAGCCUCAGCGCAGAGCGUGAAUACCGCGACAAGAUGCCCGAGCCUGGCAGAUUCUUCCCUAGCCGAUACUGGAGUCGCCAGAUCCGAGAGCACGAGGCACAGCAAGCCGCGAAGAACGAGUCAUAG